CAAACACCGUCGCUAAUCGUAUCAACCUCGAUUAACUUGACUUCUUCCAACUGGAUAGGGCUCUUCGGGGGACAGAGUCGAGGCUGUGUCCCUGAGUGUGUAUCUGUGCAUGCCCCCAUACCCCCAGCCCUCCUCCACCCCCUCUCACAGGGCUGCCAGCCCGUCUAGAGUUAUUCCAGGAAUGCGUUGAACAUGGCUGCCGCGAUGAAGACGCAGAAAACGGGACUGCUGGAACUUCGAGUGACAGUGGACCGCUGGGUCCGGGUGCUGGCCACGCUGACCGAGGACGCGCUCACUCUGAACCCCGGCGACAGCGCCGACGAGCCCGCGAAGCCCGGCCACCAGAGUCCCGCAGGUGCUGUCAACGGAGACCCCCCAAACCUGAGCUCGUCCCCGGUCCCAGAAACCAUCACCAACGUCAAGCGCACCGUGCGGGUCACCAAGCAAGAUGUGGGCGGACUGGGCAUCAGUAUCAAAGGAGGUAAAGAAAACAAGAUGCCGAUCCUCAUCUCGAAAAUAUUUAAAGGCCUGGCAGCUGACCAAACUGAGGCACUUUACGUCGGGGAUGCCAUACUGUCUGUCAAUGGUUACGACCUACGGGAGGCUACGCAUGAUGAGGCAGUGCAAGCGCUCAAAAAAACUGGCAAGGAGGUCAUCCUGGAAGUGAAGUACAUCAAGGAAAUGUCUGCUUUUUUUAAAAGCUCUGGAUCCCCCGGAGCGUCUCUCCCCUGGGAUUCUCCUCCCUCCACUCCUCAGAGGGACCCCGAGCUCUCUCCUGCUGAGGGGAAGGAGCCUCGCAGCGUACCUCUGAAGAUGUGCCAGGUGUCACGGAAACAGUGCCCCCCGGACACAGAAGACAGAUACUUUGAGGUGACUUCAUUCAACAGAAAGAACUCUGUGUUCCUGCGGGCUAAAGACCCAGCCAUGGCUCAGUCGUGGUACAACGCCAUCCAGGCUGCUGCUGGCAGUCUGUUACCGCAAGUGAAGGAGGAAUUAAAGAUCAUGCAGCCUGGUGUACAAAUCAAGCAUGUGGGCUGGAUGACAGAACAGAUGCGUCAGGGUCCAGAGAAAGCAGUCCUGGCUGUGUUGACGGAGAAAGACCUUCUGCUGUUUCCAUCACUGCCUGAAAACAAGCAGAGCCUCAGCAGCCCCACCAAGAGCCACCCGCUCAUCACCACCAGAUUGGUCCACUCCGGUCCAGGAAAAAGUUGCCUGCAUGCGGACUCUGAGCUGUCCUUUGGCCUGCGAUCAGGAACCAGACAGGGUGUGGAGACUCACGUGUUCCGGGUGGACUCUGCGAAAGAGCUGUCCGCUUGGACCCAUUUGUUGGUGGAGGGUUGCCACAACGCUGCUGAGCUCAUCAAAGAGGUCACCACGGCCUGCAGUUGGAACGGGAAAGAGUGUACUUUGGGAGUGCACAUCGACGAGGGUUUCACACUUUAUACAGAAGAAAUGGGAGUCAGGAAAAGCAUUCUCCUCCAGCAGCCCUUUGAGCGCCUUCGAAUGUCAUCAGAUGACGGAGUUCGAAUGAUGUUCCUCGACUUUGGAGGCCCUGAGGCUGAGCUUCUGGAUCUUCACUGCUGCCCGAAAACGCUCGUGUUCAUCAUCCAUUCUUUCCUGUCGGCCAAGGUCAGGCGGCUGGGGCUCCUGGCGUGAGAAGGACCGGCCUAUCAGAGCGUCAAAACAAGGACAGCCUCAGAAAAAUUCUCCACAGCCAGGCCGAGGGGCAAACGAUGCUGACGAAACCUUUUAGUUCGAUCGCCCCAAGUCGGGGCGCCCAGUGGUGCUGCCGGACAGACGAAGAACGGGGAUGUUGGUCAGUUAGCCAGUCGAGGUGCCUGACGUGUCGAAGCUGAGCUGAAUGAACACAACAGCAGUUUAUUUUUGUUCUUUUCUGUCACCAGUUUAGUUUAGUUUAGUUUGAUUUAAUGAGUCACAACAGGCCUUUGUCAUCUCUCACUCCGUCUAAAAAAAGAAAACCUCCACAAAAAGUGUCCUGAUUGACGUAGGACAAACGUGUUUUUUUUCUUUUUUUCAUAAAAGCAGCUUCAGUGGAGUGACAGAGGGGGAGUGUCCGAUCAUCAUCAUCAUCAUCAUCGUCAUCAUCAGCGUUCUAAAUGGAACUACUGCAAAAACAGAUCUACAAGACAAAGUGUGGUUGCUUUUUGUAAAACUGUAUUUUUCAUUGCAAAAAGUAAAAAAUUUAUUAGAUUUUUUUAACACUAUUCAUAAUUUGUGACCUAAAAAAAGACUAGCAGCAUCUACAAUAAGAGCACGACUUCGAUAAUGUCGAAAUGAAUGCAAAGAAUAAAUGUUUCUUAAGGAUCAAAUCAGGCUGAAUCUUUGUAGCCUUUUAUUCGUUUAGCUUCAUUUAAUUUCAAGCAUCAAUCAAGUCUAUAUUUUGAUUGCUGUUUUUUUAAUUGAUUGAUCACAAUCAUUUUAAAGACCGUGUCACAUAUUGCAUGGAAGAAUUGGUGAGAAAAGUUUGUGGUCUUUACUUGAAUUUCUUACAGAUUUAUCACAAAAGAACCACGUAAAAAAACCACAGAAGAGGUUUCUAGUAAAACACGCACAGAACACUAGAAGCAGUGAUGCACGGCCUCACCCAGACGGUUGCUUACCUUCUCUUCCUCCUCCUUCUGCUGGAGCUGCACCAGCUGGUUGUUAUGCCGCUGAAGAAUAAGCAAAAGCCCUUCUCACCUUUGGGGGUUCACGGUGAUGACCUUGUGUACAGAGACGUACGCUCAUAGGCAUCUCGGGAUUUACUGCCGAAGGGGGGAAAGAUCGACCCAUUUAUGUACCCCUCAUGCAAUACGCCAAUCGUGCAUGAUUAUUGCACUGUUUAUAUGCAAUUCAUUAGCGAUUUGUGCGUCAAUUUCCUCAUUUAAACGUGAAUUGCGCGCCGUGUAUGCGAAAUAAAAGUUAUACAUCGGUGGUACACACGUGAACAGUCUGCAAAAAUCAAACAAUAUUGGGUAAUAAUUGCAUAUAAACUGCGUAAUUCUCAACCGACCUAAAAAUUUAUCAAAACCAAAUUCACGUAAAGACAAAACCCCCGUCUGACGAAACCCUCAACGGACAUCUGCGCACAUCCACGAAUGACCAACGCUAGAAACACUUAUGAAUGACGUAUGUCACGCAUGUAGCACAAAAGACAGACUUUUCAUAUGUGAAGAAUUGUGCAAAAUGUGUGUAUUGGCUGUGUGGCACGACCUUUACGUCGGUAAACAGCAAAAAAACUACGUCAGCUCCUUAGCAGAGACUUUCUAUGACUUUCAGCGUAACAAAAUGUGUCGUUUACAUGAAUGAUGUGAUCAUCUGUUGUCAUCUAUUUAGUAAUUUGAGGCCUUUUUCUUCUUUUUUUCUCUUUGUUUCUCCCUCGCUCCUAAACUUUCUCUAGGAAAACGUGUAUAUUCUUAUUUAAACAAAGGUGUGCCUUGCAGCGUUGUUUGUAUAUAAAAGUGUAAUAAACUUUGUUAACUUUUA